AUGCCCUUAAUUGAGUGGCAUUUCUGGGACAAGCUGGUGGUGGUGGUGGCUGGGAGUUUGGGGGAGGAGGUGGAGGAGUCUGUGGUGGGGGCGGUGGUGGUUGGAAAUUUAGAGGAGGAGAAGGAAGUGGUGGUGUAUUUGGAGGGCUCACUGGUGGAGUCUGUGGUGGUGUGGUUGGCGGAGUUUGAGGUGGACUUUGUGGCGGCGUCUGUGGUGGUGUGGUUGGUGGAGCUUGUGAUGUUUGGGGGAGGAGACGGAGGCGUCUGCGGUGGGGGCGGUGGUGGUUGGAAAUUUACAGGAGGAGAAGGUCGUGGUGUGUUUGGAGGAGGUGCUGGUGGAGUUUGUGGUGGUGUGGUUGGCGGAGUUUGGGGUGGACUCUGUGGUGAUAUGGUUGAUGGAGUUUCUGAUGGUGUAAUUGGAAGAGGCACUGAUGGAAGCUGUGGUGGUAAGAUGAAUGGAGGUUCAGGUGAAAUAAUUGGAGAAUGCACUGGCGGAGUUUGUGAUGGUGGAACGGAAGGACGCACUGGUAGAACCUCCGUAGGCGUUGGCGUGAUGUUUGAUGGAGGAAGCUGGGGUGAUAUUGUUGGAGAUGUUUGGGGUGAAGUUUGCGAUGGUGUAAUUGGAGGACUUACUGGAGUCUGCGGUGGUGGGAUUAGAGGAGUCUCCGGUGGUGUGGUUGGAAGUAUUGGUGGAGUCUGUGGUGGUGUGGUUGGUGAUGGAUUGUUUGGUGGAAACGUUGGCGGUAGGUUGCUAGGUGGUAUCUGCGGUGGGGAAGCCACUGGUGGAGGUGGAGGUGGUGAUAAUAUUGGACAAAUACAUGGUGGACACACCAAUGAUGGCGGAGGUGGAGGCCACCGGGGAUUAGGCCGGCCUUGGGCAUUGGUUUGGCCGAUGAAGAGGAUACUGCUCAGUGCAAAGACAAAAGCUAUAAUGUUUGUUACACCUUUUGGGGCCAUUUUGUUCUUAAACGAUAUUUGUCCUCACAAAGAGGAAAUUCCAAACCCUCUUCUUGUGGUUAGGUCUCAUAGGUGGCUUCACUUCAAGUCACUAGUCGUUUUCUACAUGACAAUGUACUAUCACUUUGUGAUAUGGUAUUAA